AUAGUUAACAUAAAAAUCAAAUAGGUGUACAUUAGACCUACUAUAUAAUUAUUAAUAAUGGUCAGAGGCACCGUUAUACCAACGAAAAGAAAUAGUCAAACGCACCGGACAUUCGUAAAUAUAAAAUUCUAUUCUAUGUUCAUACAUGUUUUUAAAUUUAAUCUUUUAAUUCACAAAAUUAAAUGUCCAUUAUUCUCUUCAUUUUCGAUCACUUUCUUCCUUACUUGAUUCCAUUGAUAACCCAUCAUCACAGAAAUUAGACGUAUUCCCCCGUUCCCAGCGGUCAUGGCUGAAUACUUUGCCUUUAACAUUGCUGAAAACGUCCUUUCUAAACUAACCAAAAUUGCCUAUCAAGAAAUCAGCCUAGGUUGGGAUGUUCGCAGGGACCUUGAAAAGCUUCACAAGACUUUAACUACUAUUAAAGCUGUGCUUUUAGAUGCUGAACUGAAACAGGUUGAUGACAAUCAUCUCCGGGUUUGGCUACAAGAGUUGAAGGAUGUUUGUUACGAUGCAGAAGAUGUAUUGGAUGAGUUCGAAAUUCAAGCAUUGAGGAAGCAGCUUCUGAAACAGAGAAGCAUUGGUAAGAAGGUAAGCUAUUUCUUUUCAAGCUCAAACCCACUUGCUUUUCGAUUUAAGAUGGCCCAUAAGAUUAAACAACUCAAUCAGAGAUUUCAUGAGAUUGCUGCUUUGAAAAAUAAUUUUCAUCUCGUUGAGAGACAUGUUGGCCCAAGGCACGACCGGCGCUCGGAGAGGGAGACCCACUCCUUUGUACAGAAAUCAGAGGUAAUUGGCAGAGAUGAAGAGAAACGAAGAAUUGUAAAGAUGUUGACGCAGGAUGAUCCAGCUGAUGAGGAAGACAUACCCGUCCUUCCCAUAGUUGGAAUUGGAGGUAUGGGAAAAACGGCCCUUGCCAAACUGGUUUUCAAUGAUGAAGCUGUGGAUGCUCACUUUGAGUUGAAACUAUGGGUGUGUGUUUCCGAUGAUUUUGAUCUGAAACGAUUAGUAGUAAAAGCCAUUAAAGCCGGAAAAGGUGGUGAUGGAGACCUUGGAAGUAUGUAUUUGGAGCAAUUACAGAAGGUCUUGCGAGAUUGCUUGAAUGCUAAAAAAUAUUUGCUUGUUUUAGAUGAUGUGUGGAACGAGGAUAAUAGAAAAUGGAUGGAACUGAAACAGUUGUUUGCAGGAGGAGCUGUCGGAAGCAAAAUUGUAGUCACCACUCGGAGUAACCAAGUUGCAAAGAUCUCAGGCACAAUCUCCCCACACCAUUUGGAAGCUCUUCCGUACGACAAAUCUUUAUCUUUGUUUCUGAAAUUCGCUUUCAAGAAAGGUGAAGAAAAACAACAUCCAAACCUUGAGGAAAUUGGAGAAGAAAUUGUUAAGAAAUGCAAAGGGGUUCCUCUAGUAUUGAAAACAUUGGGGAGUUUACUUUUCUCCAAAACUUCAGAGCAGGAGUGGAAAGUUUUUAAAGAUAGUGAGACGUGGGAAUUAAUGGAAAAGGAAAAUCAAACAUUUUCAAUUCUGAAACUAACUUAUGAUCAACUGUCUCCUCAGCUGAAGCAAUGUUUUGCUUAUUGCUCACUCUAUCCAAAGGAUACUGAUUUUAUAAGCUUUGGUCUAAUCCAAUUUUGGAUGGCACAUGGUCUUCUUGAAUCCUCCCAUAAAAAUGAAAAUCCCGAAGAUAUUGGUAAGCGGUAUUUGAAUGACCUGUUGUCACGAUCUUUCUUUCAAGAUUAUGAUUUGGCAUUUUUCUUUGAUGCAUUCAAAAUUCAUGAUCUUUUACAUGAUAUUGCAUUAUCAGUGGCAAAGAAUGAAUGUUGUAUAGUCAACACUUUUGAGCAAAAUAUUGCCCCAGGGAUCCGACAUGUAUGCCUUACUAACUCUGAUUCUUCCGAGGAAAAUGCUUCCAAAUUCCUUGGUAAAUUAGGGCAUUUGCGUACGCUUAGGCUUCCAAAUUUGAGAAACGGUCCAACCAGCGAAUCCUUUAUUGAAACAUGUUUGAAGAGGUUCCAACAUUUGCGAAUGCUUGAUCUUUCUGGGUCUACUCUCGAGGUAUUGCCCAGAUGGAUUGGUAAUUUGAAGCAUUUAAGAUUUCUCGACAUUUCCAACUGUCCCAACAUCAAGAAACUUCCCAACUCCAUUUGUAAGUUGCAAAAUUUGCAAACUCUGUUUUUAGAUGGUUGUGACCAAAUUGAAGAGUUGCCUAAGGAUAUGAGGUACAUGAUCAGUCUCAGAUUUUUGUUAUUAGCUACAAAACAACGGGAUCUUCAUGGUCAUGGAUUACAACACUUGAAAUCCCUUCGAGUUUUAGCUAUUUAUGGCUGUGAAAAUCUGGAGUAUUUGUUUGAUGGGAUUCAGAAGCUCACAUCUCUUCAUACAUUAUGGAUUGUUGAUUGCAAAAAAUUGGUAUCACUGCCACAUGGCUUGAAAUACGUAGCUGCAUUACAAGCUCUAGUUAUUGGGGUUUGCGAAAAGCUUGAUUUGAGUACGGCACAGGGACUCAAAGAGAAAGAAGAUUAUAUUGAAGAUUACCUCGUUGAUACAGGUUUCAGCCUUCAAUCAUUGUACAUCGCAGAUCUGCCAAAGUUGAAGGCUCUACCCCAAUGGCUUUUACGGGGAUCCGCCAACACUUUAAAGAACUUACCAUUACAGGAUGUGAGAACCUCACAACUUUAGCAGAGUGGCACAAUCUCACUUCACUUGAAAAACUUGAGAUCAAGUGUUGCCCAAAAUUAUCAACUCUACCAAAAACCAUGAAACGCCUCAAACAAUUGAAGAUUGAAGAUUGUACUCUUGUAAGCCAAAGAUGCCAACAAGAAAUCGGUGAGGGUUGGCCCAAGGUUGCUCAUUCCUCUCGUAUAGUUUUGGAUGGCAAUACAAUUACAGCUCCAGAAUUACUGAUCAACCCAACCCCAUGAUUCUCUGCAAAAUGAUAUUUAUUUCAAUUUCCAUUCCUCCAUUUCAUUUAUAUUUUUAUCUAAGAAUACCAGAUUACAAUGACCUUGUUUAAUGUUGUUUUACGAUUCAUAUUUGGGUUCAUGACUACCUCUUCAAACAAGAUUGUGUCCAAGAUUUGAACA